UUCUCGUUCAAAUGCGUGCAAUGGGUAUGCCUAUUCUCGAACCAGCUCGCAAAAACACAGAUCCACUUCAGGUUGAAAAGGUUCAUCGACAAAAGAGAGCGAAAUUGCAGCAUGUUAAUAAUCAUGCAGCGAAAUUCCAGCCCAAGUCACUCUCUCUCUUCUGUGUCAUGGAUCUGUCCACACUGAAAUUUGAAGAAGUAGAAGGCAGUGAAUAAUCUCCAGGUAAUCUUAGUGCUGAAAUUGGAUUUGUGUUCUGUUCCCUUUGAGAAGCCUAACAAUUGACUGCUAAAAAAACAAUACACACAUAUAUAUGGAAUUGGAACCAAAGACACUAAUAUAUUUUUCUUAUGGUUUUUUGAUAUUCUGAGUUAUUUUUUUGAUGUCACAUUUUGAUCACAGACAAUAUACUAUUCUCUUAAUGGUAGAUUACACUCCAUGAAUUCGAGUUGGACACAACUCUAUAUGACAGGGUCCUCAUAUCAUUAUUUGGACAACUGUUCAUUGGUGGGAGCUUUGAAAGUGAAGAAAAUGGGAUAAACUUUAUAAUUCUAAGAAUUGCUUCAUGGAUACUAUGUAAUUUUAACUAACCACAGAAAGCAUUAGAGAGAGAGAGAGGCCUGUCCAUUAACCCUUUUUUUUUUUUUUUUAAUUCUGUCUGUUAACCCCUGGAAAACUGGUUGACAUGUACAAGUCAACAUUUUAGAAACACAACAAGUGCCAAAAAAAAAACACAACUUGGACGGCUUCUUUGUUGGAUUUGCCUAUAAAUUUAUUAAUUUAUUAAUUUCUAAUCAAAAGAAUUACAAGAACGAACCACAAAAAAUUUUCCUAUCCUAAGAAAGAGGAGAGUUUUGGUUUAUGAUGAUCAAUGUAAUUGUGGUUGCUUGGAUGCUGAGUUUGUGCCUGUAGUUUUUAGUGUUGAUUUGUUUGAAACAAGUCAUUUUUAUUGGCUGGAAGUUGAUGUCAGUUCAAAUUGCUGCUGUGAAAGCUGUUGUUGACCUGUUUUACUGCUGUUAUUGGUUAGAGGUGGCUGUAAGAGUGAUGUUUCUGCUGACUGUUUUGGGAGCUGGCCUGUAAUCUUUUGAUUUGGUUUUCUGUUUGUUUUUGUUUCUGGAAUAGGAGGCCUUUAUGUGGUUUUCCUUUUUGCUGCUUGUAAUGACUAGUUUUGUGUUAAAAAAAAAAAAGAUGGCAGCACUGAGGCAGGGGAUUACUUGUGCUUCGAAAAAAAGAGGACUCUUGUUUUUGAUGAUAUGGGCUGAUUUGGUCUUUGCUGUCUGAUGGAGUAGUUUUUUUUCCUGGUUUUAGUUUAAUUUCUGGCUUUUGUUAUGGACAUUGGUUUGUGUUUCUCCUUUGCUUCUUGUAAUGCUGUUUUGUUCUUAUAUAUAUAUAUAUAGGUAUUGUUAGUAGCUUGAC